ACUCCUCCACUUUUACUCCCAGAAAUCCCACCACACAAAUCUCUCUCUCUCUCUCGCUCUCUCAAACUCAAAUCCAUGGCUACCAUUGCGAAAUCUGGGAUCUGGGUUUUGGUGGUAGUGGUGGGUUUGAUAGUUUCACCUAGUGAAUCUCUAACCUGCUCGUCUCAGAAAUUCACAAACAAGUCCUUCGAUAGUUGCAGUGACCUCCCAAAGCUAGGUGCCUACCUUCACUGGACAUACAAUGCGUCCAAUUCAACACUCUCCAUGGCUUUCUUAGCUAAACCACCACAAGCCGAUGGGUGGGUCGCAUGGGCUAUCAACCCAACCUCCACAAAAAUGGCUGGGUCCCAAGCUCUCUUAGCUUACAAAUCCAACGGCGCCAUUCCAACUGUCCACCAAUACAACAUCACCUCCUACAACUUCACUGCCGCCGGUACCAAGUUGACGUACGAUGUUUCCGAUUUGAGUUCCGAGGAAUCCGGCGGCACAAUCACCAUCUUCGCUAAGUGGAAGUUGCCUGAGAAAACUGAGAAGAUUAACCAAGUUUGGCAAGUGGGUCCUGUUAUGCAAGGUUUACCUGGGAUCCAUGCUACCAAGGGUGAUAAUAUUUUGUCUUUUGAGGCCCUACAGUUGGCGGGGUCAGGUGGGUCCAACUCUCCUACUGCUAGUCCUGCACCUGGACCUGGGUCGAGUUCGGUUCCUGUAUCUCCUGCACCCAGCAAUGGGUCUACUCCAAGUUCAACUUCAAGAACUACAGUGGGUUUCAACAUGGGUUUGUUGUUUUCGUUUGUGAGUGUUGCUAGUUUGAUGGGUCUCUGAGUUUACUAGUUGGGUUGGAGAUUUUGAUGUUCUUGGAUUUGGUGAAGAUUUGUAUUGGGUGAAAAACGAGGUAUUCGGUGUUAAUAAAAAAAAGAGUAGUAGUUGUAGUCUUUAUUUAUUUUUAUCUUAUCUGUAUUGAUUUAAUCAAUGAGAAAGUAGUUUUAUUUUGAAA